UUGAGAAGAGCAUCUCGAGCAAAGAAGGGCGGCGAGUGUUUUCUGCGAAGUCAGCAAUAUUUGGGCGCUUAGCCGUCAUGUGCGCUUAGCUACAGAGAAAGACGCUGUUGUGUGCAUCAUCAGCAGCUCCAAAGUUCUAGAAGCUGGUGUGCGGUGCAGUCGAGUUCCAACGUUCCGAAAUGGCUGAGCCACAAAUCCCAGAAGGCGGUUCACCUGCAGCGGAGGAGCCCUCCCCGGACGGGCCCGCCGCCAGCGAACCAAACUCCACAGACAAACCGGACUCUCCAACGACGACCGAGGCAGCUCCUACUGCUCCCAAACAGCCCACGGCGGCGGCCAAACCCGCCGGCCCCGAGACCCCGCAGGAGAAGAAGGCGAGGGAGUAUAUAGCACAGGCGGAGAAGAAGAUGAAGUCGUCACAGACAUUCCUGGGAGGCCUGUUUGGGGGUGCUGCAAAGAUGGAGGAUGCCGCAGACCUCUACGUGAGAGCUGCCAACACUUACAAAGUGGCCAAGAAGUGGAAAGAUGCCGGAGAUGCGUUCUGUCUUGCAGCAGACGUACAGAUGAAACUGGACGUGAAACACGAGGCAGGCUCGAACCUGGUGGAGGCCGGCCAAGUCUACAAGAGAGAAGACCCAAAGAGAGCUGUGGAGUGCUACUCGCAGGCAGCUGAGAUAUACACUGACAUGGGGAGGUUUACAAUGGCCGCACGCUACCACAGUAACAUAGCUGAGAUCUGUGAGUCAGAGCUGGGUGACUUCGAACAGGCCAUAACUCACUAUGAGCAGGCAGCUGACUACUACAAGGGAGAGGACUCAACUGGGUCAGCCAACAAAUGUCUGCUAAAAGUGGCUCACAUGGCGGCCAUGCUGCAGCAGUUUGACAAGGCUGCUGGCAUCUUUGAGGAGGUGUUUGUAUAUCUCGUGUGCACACAUACAUUAGCCUAUCAGUUAGGAACCUACGCAUGUGUGAUAUGUCACUACUUUUGAAGACACCUCUUCUCUCCCUCACUCUCACAUUGACUCACUCACUCUUUCUCUUUGUAUGUGCUUCCUUCCUCCCUCCGCCCCUCAAUAACUCAUUAGUUGGAGUAUGGAAUGGUAUAUACCAUCUUCUAUCUCGCUGCACCUAUCCCUAUCUCACCCAAAUUCAGCGUCCUCCCCUAGCUACAUGUUUGUCAACGAUUUGGCAUUUUUUGUAGGCACAUGAGUAUUGUAUAUACCAAAAGAACCAACUAUCAUUACCUGUGUGUAUCUCAUCCCUUCUUGUGCUGUAUAGGUUGGUCGUAACUCACUGGAGAACAGUCUUCUCAGAUAUUCGGCCAAAGAUCACUUCUUCAAGGCUUCUAUCUGCCGGUUCUGCAUGGGAGUGGACAAUGUCAAGGCCUCAAUAGAGGAGUACAAGCAGGUCCACCCGGGCUUUGAAGGAACGAGGGAGCUCAAACUCAUUCAGGAUCUCAUAGAAGUCCAUGGAGAGGAAGAUCCUGACAAGUUUGGUGAUAUUGUGAGGGACUAUGACUCCAUCUCGCGGAUUGAUCCAUGGCUUACAGCACAGUUGCUGGUCGUCAAGAAAUCAAUCAAUGCAGAACCUGACAUUAACUAAAAAUAGUUGUAGCCCUUGCACUGCACAGAUACAUUAUUGUUGGAGCACUUUUUUUAAAGCAGCAAACAG